UUACAGGUCCAGAGAUAAUGUCAAUCCAUUCCAAGGAGCAGCGUCUCAGUCGAUGGUACUUUGGUGGUACAGCAUCUGCCGGUGCAGCAAUGUGUACACAUCCACUUGAUUUACUUAAGGUACAUUUGCAAACUCAACAACAUGGUCAGGUUGGCAUUUUUGAAAUGACGAUGAAAAUCAUUCGAAGUGAUGGCAUUCGUGGUCUCUACAAUGGCAUUUCAGCUUCUCUGUUAAGACAGAUGACAUAUUCUUUGACACGUUUUGGUAUGUAUGAGCAGCUGAAGAACCAGUUUCCGGGAGAUUCAACCUCCAUUCCUUUCUAUCAGAAAGCUGCAAUGGCGGGGAUAAGCGGAGCAUGUGGAGGUUUCAUUGGUACCCCUGGAGAUAUGGUCAAUGUGCGCAUGCAAAAUGAUAUGAAGUUACCAGCAGCACAACGGCGGAAUUACAAGCAUGCAUUCGAUGGGUUAUUUCGAGUAAUGCGUGAAGAAGGCGUCACUAAACUUUUUAAUGGAGCUGCAAUGGCAACAUCCAGAGCUGUUUUCAUGACCAUUGGUCAAUUGUCGUUCUAUGACCAAAUCAAACAAAUCGCCAUUACAUCGGGUUACUUCAGCGACACUCCAACAACUCACUUCGGGUCUUCAUUCGCUGCGGCAUCGAUUGCGACGGUUUUAACUCAGCCAUUGGAUGUUAUGAAGACACGUAUGAUGAACGCAAAGCCGGGCCAGUUCACCAGUAUCUUGUCUUGCUUCGUAUAUACCGCGAAACUUGGUCCAGCUGGCUUUUUCAAGGGCUUCAUGCCAGCGUGGGUUCGAUUGGCGCCGCAAACAAUUCUUACUUUCAUUUUCUUAGAACAACUUCGUUUGAAUUUUGGCUAUUUCCGAGCUCCCCCGGCGGAACAGUGAUCGAAAAUGCAAAAAGUUGCUUUUAUUUACUCCGCAGCGCCACUUCGCAAAUUGAGCCCAAUUUCAUUAGUAAAAAUAUAAAAUUUUAUUGAGCAUGAAAUGAAUUUUACUGAUAUUUGGAAGCUAUCUGACUGAUGUUAAUUCUUGUGAAUUCUAAUUUCAUUCGUAUUUGUAGAUAUCUUUAAUUCCAAAGAGGACGUUAGAAAUUUUAAACGGGGCUUUAGUUUCUACUACUGUUUGCAUUUUCUUUUUAACUUAACCUGCUAUGUUAUUUCUAUUCCUCCUCCCAAGUAUUUGACCUUUGCUAGCUGUAAUGACUCGAUGUCGGCAUUUUCGCAGUCUCGUUUCUAUAUUAUCGCGCUUUAAACAAGAAUUAUGAGGAACCUACAAUCAUCUAAUAUAGCUGAGCAAUGAAAUUAUUAGCAUCAAAUGAUCUAUAUGACGAUGCCAAUUAAAUCAGUUAAUUCGUUCUCGUAUAGCGUAGUUUUCUACUUGUCAAUAAUAAAUAAAGGUGGUUAG